AUGCCGGAGGAGUCAGUCCCAAUUCCAAAACUGAUUUUCGUGUGGAUGUGCCCUGAGAAUGUGGAUGUGACCUUUCUCAAAAGACAACCCUUAAUCAUGCUUUGUGACUUUCUUUUCUCUCAGGCUGUGAGCCAGCUGGAAACACUCCUCAACAAGGAACUGCGACUGGAGAGGCGUCUGAAAGGCUUGGCACAGGAUGUGGCCACCUUACAAAAGAAGUCCCAGGAUAAUCAGCGCCAGGCCCAGCAGGCCACGGGAAAAGCCGAGCGUGCCACUAACAUAGCCCUCCAACUCAAAAAUGAGGUAGACGAGGUGAAGCAGAACUACCAGAAGCUGCAGGACGAAUUGGAGAAACAGCCCAAGGAUGUCCUGCUCAGGCUGAAAAAUCUUAGGGAGGAAGCCCAGAAUCUCCUAGAUAAGGCUAACAGCAGCAAAAGGAAGCUGGAAGAAUUGGAGAAGCGCUUUGGGGACAACGAGAGGGAAAUGACAAGCAAAACCGAAGAACUGCAGAAGCUGGAGGCCACUGCACUGGGAUUACUGCAGAGUAUCCAAGAGCACGCCAUUGCCUAUGCUACCUGCUAAGGUCGAAGUUUCUGUGGUCAGCCCUUUGGGCUGACUUCCUGCCAGCUCUGGACACAACUAUGGUAUGGUGCUUUCUAACGAUGUCAAUAACUGGCGCUUAGAGACAAGGCUUUGGCAGUAAAUCCAGAGUCUUAAUGUAACCCAGAUCAUUUCACCCUCAACUGACUGUAGCACUUAAAUCUACCCGGGAUCAGACGUUAAUAGGAUGAUUCCAAUGUGAAUAUUUUGUAAGAACAAUAUGUCUAGUCUAUGUUUUGACCUAGGACUCUGGAACCUAGGCCAGUUUCUGAUGGUAUCAGCUGGAGAGAUAGAAUAUUUCCCCUGUAGUCAUAGAAUGGGAACCAGUUUGGUGCAGUGGUUAAAGCACAAGGCUAGAAACCAAGAGAUUAUGAGUUUUAGUCUUGCCUAAGGCAUGAACCAACUAGGUGACCUUGGGCCAGUCGCUCACUCUCUGCCUAGAAAAGAGGCAAGGGCAAACCACUUCUGCAAUCUUGCCAAGAAAACAGCAGGGACUUCUCUAGCCAGUUGCCACCAGUCGACCAUGAUUUGGAGAUAAAUUGUUAUCCUAGUCAUGGAAAUACUUCCUCCUUCAAUACCCUCUUCCUAUCAUUCACAAUGAUAUUUUCAUUAAAGUGUGGAAACCACCAUAAUUUCUGUAUCAUCCAGGCUGCCAAUAUGAAUGCUGUAAAAACUUAAUUUAACUGACUGCCAUUCCAGAUUACUGAUCUUUCCUGGCAUCUUUUUAAUUAUUGGUGUCCUUAUUUUUUUUUAAUACAGUAAGGCACAUAUACACAAAAACAAUAAUUUUCUAAGAGAUUUUCCUAUCCUGGUUCCCUCAACUCCCAUAGUCAUCAAUUAGCAACUAGGACAGGGGUCUCCAAACUUGACAGCUUUAAGACUUGUGGACUUCCACUCCCAGAAUUCCUCCUCCAGUCAUGUUAGCUCAGGAAUUCUGGGAGUGGAAGUCCACAAGUCUUAAACUUGUCACGUUUGAAGGUCCUCGAACUAGGUGUUGGUUACAGCAACACACAUACAAACUCAAAAUUAGGAGAAUUUUCCUAAUUUGGAUGACUGUUAAGCAGUGAAACCCCUCCUGGAAUCGUGGCAGCUCUAUCACUGGUGGUUUUCAAACAAAGGCUGAACAACCAUUUGUAUGACAUGAUAUAAAGAUCUUCUAGUCCAGGGUUGGACUAGAUCUCCAUGAUCAUUUUCAAUUUACUAUUGUAUGUCCAACAUCACUGGCUUGGAGAAGACUGCAGGCCCUGAUACAAUAUUCAUCUCCUAUGAAUAUUUAUUGAAGGUCUCCUUCGGUAUGUCCCACUCCAGAUGAGGAACUUCCACUAGUGAGUUAAUGUCAGUAAUGAUUAUUUUGGGUUACCAAUUAUAGCCAUCAGCACACAUUAAUAUUAUUAUUUUUAAAAAAAUACAAGGUAUGGAAAGUAUGCUUCUCGAAUUCUUUCCAACCCCGAGCGGCUUCAUUCUGGGUCACCUGACCAGGAUAAAUGGGGGCUUAAGAAUAGAGCACCUGGUAGCAUUCUAUUAUGGGUCUCCCAUAGGGAUAACAAAAUAACAGAGCUGGAAGGGACCUUGGAGAUCUUCUAGUCCAACCCCCUGCUCAGGCAGGAAACUAUAUCAUUUCAGACAAAUGGUUAUCAUCCAGUCUCUUCUUAAAAACUCC